GCGACGCGGCGCUUUAUUCCGCAAUGGCGCGGGCAGGAAAAGGGAGGGAGCGGGAGAGCGGCGCUUCCGCCGCGCGGCCCCGCGAGCUGCGGCCGCCAUUUUGCAGCGCUCUGGCGUGUGGGCGAGAGCGGCCCGGCCCUCGGCCUGGGGCAGGGCUGUGGGUAGCAGAGUCCUCCGCAGCAGUCCUGGGCACACCGAAACACCUGGGCGCGGAUUCAGGCGGGAGUAGGGAGAGGCGAGCCCCACACGUGCCUGUGUCAUUGUUCUGCCCUCCCUGUGUUCUCCCCUCCCCCCACGUAAGUUACCCGAGUAGUGCGCCAGGGACAUUUUUUCCACACUCGCUUUCCUCAGAACAGACUUUUAAAGCGUUAAGAUCAUUAGGUGCAGUACGCUGCUUCUCGUAGAGGAAUGCUGAUACACGUUGCGACACCUCCCUAAUAUCUCUCACCCCUUUCUAGGGGGAGUUAACACGUGUAGCGAGCCUCUGCUCUCUUCCCUUUCUUCACUACCCCAACCACACAUGCACAAAAGUCACGACAUUUGGUGGCAUCCAGCCAUGAUCUUGGUGUGGUUGCACGAAGAGGCAGCCCUGUACAAACCUUGGUUCAGAUAUCCUGAACUUUAUUGAAGUCGAGAUCAAAUGCAGACUGAAGUAAUCAUCCCUGCCCUACCUGGAGGGAAAUGGUCAUUAUCUUCCCCCUUUGCUUUUCUUUCCUCGAAACCUUUUCUCAAAGGCUUUUUUCUCAAGUAUUUCAGAGUGUGGUGAGAAGAAUAGUGCAGAUUCUUUUGUGUGCUGUUUAUUCCCUUCAUUGCAAGAUGAAACCCUAUAAAAUUAAGAUCAGAAAACAAGAGAUCACACUAGUGAUCUACAUCAACUACUGUUCCUGCAUUAAAAGCGGAGAAGAAACUGGAUCCCUUAGCAAAACAGCUAAAAAUAACUUUUCCAUGUUUCCUAGAUCUAAAAGAAAGGCUGAGUUAGAGUACCCUUCCAAAAUGGCUGCUAUUAAGGAAGAGAGAGAGGUGGAAGACUACAAGAGGAAAGGAAGACGAUCCUCACAGCAGAAAUACCGUAGACUGAAUAAGGGCCAUGAGCCGAAGGAGCCAGAGCAGUUGCGAAAGCUGUUCAUUGGAGGUCUGAGCUUUGAAACAACAGAUGAUAGCUUGAGAGAGCACUUUGAAAAAUGGGGCACACUCACGGACUGUGUGGUGAUGAGAGACCCCCAGACAAAACGUUCCAGAGGCUUUGGCUUUGUGACUUACUCUUGUGUGGAGGAGGUGGAUGCUGCCAUGAGUGCUCGACCACAUAAGGUUGAUGGGCGCGUGGUUGAACCAAAGAGAGCAGUUUCGAGGGAGGAUUCUGUAAAGCCUGGGGCACAUCUCACAGUAAAGAAAAUAUUUGUUGGUGGAAUUAAAGAAGAUACAGAAGAAUAUAAUUUAAGGGAGUACUUUGAAAAAUACGGCAAGAUUGAAACCAUAGAAGUCAUGGAAGACAGGCAGAGUGGAAAGAAAAGAGGCUUCGCUUUUGUAACUUUUGAUGAUCAUGACACAGUUGAUAAAAUUGUUGUUCAGAAAUAUCAUACUAUAAAUGGACAUAACUGUGAAGUGAAAAAAGCUCUCUCAAAACAAGAGAUGCAGACUGCUAGCUCUCAGAGAGUGAAAUAUUUUGUAGGUCGUGGGGGUGGCUCCGGCAACUUUAUGGGCCGUGGAAACUUUGGAGGCGGUGGAGGGAACUUUGGCCGAGGAGGAAACUUUGGUGGGAGAGGAGGCUAUGGGGGUGGUGGUGGCGGUGGUGGGAGCAGAGGAAGCUUUGGGGGUGGUGACGGAUACAAUGGAUUUGGUGAUGGUGGCAACUAUGGAGGUGGUCCUGGCUAUGGCAGCAGAGGAGGUUAUGGUGGUGGUGGAGGACCAGGAUAUGGAAACCCAGGUGGUGGAUAUGGAGGUGGUGGAGGAGGAUAUGAUGGCUACAAUGAAGGAGGAAAUUUUGGUGGUGGUAAUUAUGGUGGAAGUGGAAACUACAAUGAUUUUGGCAAUUACAGUGGACAGCAGCAGUCUAACUAUGGUCCCAUGAAAGGUGGUGGUAGCUUUGGUGGCAGAAGUUCAGGCAGUCCCUAUGGUGGUGGUUAUGGAUCUGGAAGUGGAAGUGGGGGCUAUGGUGGUAGAAGAUUCUAAAAAUGCUACCAGAAAAAGGGCUACAGUUCUUAGCAGGAGAGAGAGCGAGGAGUUGUCAGGAAAGCUGCAGGUUACUUUGAGACAGUCGUCCCAAAUGAAUUAGAGGAACUGUAAAAUCUGCCACAGAAGGAACGAUGAUCCAUAGUCAGAAAAGUUACUGCAGCUUAAACAGGAAACCCUUCUUGAUCAGGACUGUCAUAGCCACAGUUUGCAAAAAGUGCAGCUAUUGAUUAAUGCAAUGUAGUGUCGAUUAGAUGUACAUUCCUGAGGUCUUUCUCUGUUGUAGCUUUGUCUUUCUUUUUUCUUUUUAUUUUCCCAUUACAUCAGGUAUAUUGCCCUGUAAAUUGUGGUAGUGGUACCAGGAAUAAACAAAUCAAUGAUUUUUUAACUUUUCAAUAUUUGUGUAGUUCAGUUUUUCCACAUUUAGUACAGAGAACUAUAACAGAAAUAAAAUGUAGUUUAGGGUGUUUCCUUGUUAGUUAAUAGAGAAGAUUAAUGCAUUUCUCAAUUACUAUUUUGUAUUAAUUUAAAGUUAACAAUAGAAACACCUAUUGAUUUGCAGUCUUAAGGGUCUAGUCUCAGUGUAUAUACGUAACUGUCAUUGACAUGACUUACAUAGGCAUACAGAGGGAAAACAUCUGUAUGUUGCAUUAUAGUUUGUUUAGAUGUAUAACUAGGAUUGAGUUACUCAAAUUAGUGUUUGUGAAUCAUAGAACUAAGCUUUACCUUAAUGAAAAUUUAAAAUUACUUUUUGGUUUGUGCAUAUUUUUUUAAUUUGUAGUUCUGUAUUAGUACUAGCGCUUCAAGAAAAUAAGGCAUGAUAAAUAUUUUAACAAGACCAACUUUAGACACAUGAAAGCUGUCUCCCGUCUCAUUUGAGAUGCAUAAGGGAUAACUGAAGUUGUUUAAGUCUUGGGUUAAGAGAAAAAGAAACUUGCUUUUUACCUUUAUAUUUAUUGUAAUUCCCGAGAAGUUAAGGUGGGGGGAAUCAAGUGCCUGUUUCCUUGAGAUAUACAAUGAAUCUGUUUCAAUAAAACUAUACUUUGGGGAGGGUGGCUUGGAAUUUUCAUCCCCUUCCUUUGUCCCCAUUUCCUUUUCCCUCACACCAGACUGCACUGUUUCAAUUAAAUGAGGCGUCAUAGUGAGAGUAAUAGGUAUGUUCCUCAAUAAUUUAAUGGCUAUAUACUUUCUUGCGUGCACCCUAGGCAAUUUUCUGGACACAUUCUUCUGACUGGGAGCCAAGGGUAGCGCAGGUGUAAUCACUGACAGUCCCAGGUAAUGCGUUCCAAAAGCCCAUUCCCCGUGGGCUCUGAAGUAGUAUAGUUUGUAAGCUGUUUCCCUUGCAGAUGUCUGUGCUCAGCUAAGAGCUUGAAAAUAAAACACCAUCUAGUUGUAUUUUUCCGACUAGAAACACUUCCCACGAUGUAGAAUGUACAGUCUCAAGUUCCCCCAGGCAGAGCGAUAGUGUGCUGCGACUGGAUUUGGUGCACUGGAGUAGCAAAUGUUACCAGCGCAUAUGGCUAGAAAUGGUACUCCAUUCUCACUUCUGACCUCCAAAUUAAGGCACUGCAGUCUGUCCUGUCCUCAUCUGAUGUGAAUUCUCUUGACUAUUGCCAGGCCAGUGCUUGCUGUCAAUUCAGACUAAGAAGAGUAGGGACCCAGUCAAUAAAAGAAAGACACUUGGCAAUAUGUAUUGGAAUUACUCACACCUGUUUCACUUCUGGGUCAAUGUGCAGUAUAAGGUAAAUGCAAUUCCAGUAUAGGAAUGAAUCUGCAAAGAUGUAUGAAAUGGCUCAAGGCAUAAUCAGUCAUAUUAAUAAUGAAUUAUAAUUUUUAAGAAGUGGUAGAAAAAUGAGUGUGUUGUUUGAAAAAAAAAAUUAAACUUAUGUUAUUUAAACACUGUUAUUGGAGUGUAUUUAGACUGCAGUACACUAAAACAAGGAACCAGUGUCAAGAUGGUAGCCUCCAAAAUGGAUUUCAAAGUCUGCUGCUUAUUUUCUGUGGAGUUUUAAAAGAUCUCAAAAGUUGAAGCAAGAAUUGGUGGUUUAGUGAACGCUUCUGUUGUACAUAUUCAUUUGGGCUUGGGGUGGGGGGGAGGCUGUACUUCAAUAAAGGCAUUUUUUAAACAACCCAUUUGGAGUUUGAAAACAUGGGAAACUAAACCACAACUCACUAGGGAGUGAGACACCAAACUACCGACUUGUUUUGUAUGUUACUAUGCUGUAGAAGAUGUGUAGACUUGCACCUGGGGUCUGCAACUGAUUGCAGGGACAACUGGAGGAUGGGGUUGAUGUCCCUUCUGACAAUUGAUCUGGUAUUUCUAAAUUUUUUAGAAUGUAUUGACAGUGUUCUUUUUAACAGGGCCUCUUGUAGCUGUACUGUGACAACAAUGUUAACUUUGAAAAAUAGUGUCAUAAUAAACUUUAUGAACAAGA